AUGGCAGUUCGUCUGUUGAGCCCAGGACUACUCGAUGCUUUUGGACUGCGAGAGCAAAAGGAUGCGCUGAUCGGAACGCCGAUUCGCAAGGGAAUCAGUGGUGGCCAGAAGAGGAGAGCGGGCGUGGCGAGUCAGCUGAUUACCUGCCCGAGGAUUUUGUUUCUGGAUGAGCCGACGAGUGGGUUGGAUAGUAAGGCUGGGUGGGAGGUGGUCAAGUAUUUGAAGGGGGUUGCUAGGAGGAAUAAUCAGGUAUUUGGCACCAGGGUGAAGUCGUGGUUAACAGAAGCGAAACAGUUAAUCGUCAUUGCCUCGAUCCACCAACCCUCCACAGCAACUUUCAAUCUCUUCGACAAGCUCAUGCUUCUCUCCGCUGGCAAGACGCACUACUUCGGCCCUGUUGCGGGCGUCACGGAGCACUACGAGUCCUUGGGACACGAGGUGCCAUUGCACGUCAACCCGGCCGAGUUCUUGCUGGACUUGGUCAACAUCGACUUUGCUUCCGAGCGCGAGGAGGCAGUCAAGGCUCUGGAUGACAUGCAGACUGCUUGGCAAGGGUCCGAGAAAUCGAAACAGCUGACGGCUGCGGUAGCAGAGGCUGAAGCAAGAGGUGGUGAGCAAGUCGACACCGCCGGGCAAGGAACGAAGCCGGGUCUGGUCAGCAGUACGGUAACACUACUCCAUCGGAGUUUCGUCAAGAGCUAUCGAGACGUAGUGGCAUACGGCAUCAGAGCGGCGAUGUACUUCGGUCUCGCCAUCAUGGUCGGCACUGUCUGGGUGAGACUGGACGCUGCUCAAGAGUCUAUCAUUCCUUUCAUCAACGCUCUUUUCUUCGGCUGUGCCUUCAUGUCCUUCAUGGCCGUCGUGUACUGCCCCGCGUGGCUCGAAGACUACUUCCAAUACAUCAAAGAACGUCGCAACGGGCUCUACGGCCCCACGGCCCUGAUCAUCUCCAACUUCCUCAUCGGCAUCCCCUACCUCUUUCUCUUCUCGUUGCUGUUCUCCGUCAUCUCCUACUGGCUCGUCAACUUCCAGCCCACGGGCACCGCCUUCUUCACCUGGGUCUUCUGGCUCUUCUGCGACCUUUUGGCGGCAGAAGGUCUGGUAGUAUUCAUGGCCUCGCUCUUCCCCUCCUUCGUUAUUUCCCUUGCCCUGGUCGCCUUCGCCAACGGCCUGUGGAUGAGCGUCGAUGGGUUCAUGGUGCAGCCUACGAUCCUCAACGUGUUUUACAAAUACGUGUUCCAUUAUUGGGAUUACCAGAAGUAUGUGUUUGAGAACAUGAUGAUUAACGAGUUCAAGGAUCGGGUGUAUACGUGUGGGAAACUGCCGGCGGGGAUGACGGGGGUUAAUGGGAGUGAUUGUCAGUGCAUGUUCCAGACCGAUUUGGCGGAUCAGUGUCUGAUUAGGGGACAGGGCGUGUUGGAUCAGUAUGGGUAUAAGCCGGGCAAGCAGGGGAGGGAUAUUGGGAUUAUGUUUUGCAUUAUUGUUGGUUGGAGGCUGGCUGCUUGGGUGGUGCUGAAGUUGAAGAAGUGA